GCUUCUGUGAGAGGGCAGCUCGAGGCUGCUUGAGGCUGCUGAGGAGCAAGCCCGCAGAGGAGGCGGGGAGGCGGUGGCCGGGCUCAAUCGCUUCCAGGCGCCGCCAGGGGUCCACCGCCGCGCCUUCUGCCGGUGUGCAGUUCGGUGACUCUCUGCAGGAGCAGCCGCCGUCCGUCCGGGUCCCGGCUGCGGUCCUGAGUUUCCUGCUCUCGCUGACCCCGCGCGCGGGGAUAGCCGGCGCCACCCACACCUGUGGAUCGGCGGUCGUCGCCCGGUGUCCGCCGACCGGCGUGCGAGGCGCGUCCCCUCAAGCCCGGCUCCGCGGGCAGAAUGGGGCUCCCGGCGCUCGAGUUCAGCGAUUGCUGCCUCGACAGCCCUCACUUCCGAGAGACGCUCAAGUCACACGAAGCGGAGCUGGACAAGACCAACAAAUUCAUCAAGGAGCUCAUCAAGGACGGGAAGUCGCUCAUCAGCGCGCUCAAGAAUUUGUCUUCAGCAAAGCGGAAGUUUGCAGAUUCCUUAAAUGAAUUUAAAUUUCAAUGUAUAGGAGAUGCAGAAACAGAUGAUGAGAUGUGUAUAGCGAGAUCUUUGCAAGAAUUUGCCACUGUUCUCAGGAAUCUUGAAGAUGAGCGGAGUCGAAUGAUUGAGAAUGCCAGUGAGGUGCUCAUCACACCCUUGGAGAAGUUUCGAAAGGAGCAGAUUGGGGCUGCCAGGGAAGCCAAAAAGAAGUAUGAUAAAGAGACAGAGAAGUAUUGUGGCAUCUUAGAAAAGCAUUUGAAUUUGUCUUCCAAAAAGAAGGAAUCCCAGCUACAGGAGGCAGACAGCCAAGUGGACCUGGUUCGGCAACAUUUCUAUGAAGUGUCCCUGGAGUAUGUCUUUAAGGUGCAGGAAGUGCAAGAGAGAAAGAUGUUUGAGUUUGUAGAGCCUCUACUGGCCUUCCUGCAAGGACUCUUCACUUUCUAUCACCAUGGUUAUGAGCUAGCCAAGGAUUUCGGUGACUUUAAGACACAGUUGACCAUCAGCAUACAAAAUACAAGAAACCGCUUUGAAGGAACCAGGUCUGAAGUGGAAUCGUUGAUGAAGAAGAUGAAGGAAAACCCCCUGGAGCACAAGACCAUCAGCCCGUACACCAUGGAAGGGUACCUGUAUGUGCAGGAGAAGCGUCACUUUGGGACUUCCUGGGUGAAGCACUACUGUACAUACCAACGGGAUUCCAAACAAAUCACCAUGGUUCCAUUUGACCAAAAGUCAGGAGGAAAGGGGGGAGAAGAUGAGUCCGUCACUCUCAAAUCCUGCACACGGCGAAAGACAGACUCCAUCGAGAAGAGAUUCUGCUUUGAUGUGGAAGCAGUAGACAGGCCAGGGGUUAUCACCAUGCAGGCGUUGUCGGAAGAGGACCGUAGGCUCUGGAUGGAAGCCAUGGAUGGCCGGGAACCUGUCUACAACUCCAACAAAGACAGCCAGAGCGAAGGGACCGCACAGUUGGACAGCAUCGGCUUCAGCAUAAUAAGGAAAUGCAUCCAUGCGGUGGAGACCAGAGGGAUCAACGAACAGGGACUCUACCGAAUCGUGGGGGUCAACUCCAGAGUGCAAAAGUUGCUGAGUGUCCUGAUGGACCCGAAAGCAGCCUCUGAGACAGACACUGACAUCUGUGCUGAGUGGGAGAUAAAGACUGUCACCAGCGCCCUGAAGACCUACCUGAGAAUGCUUCCGGGACCACUCAUGAUGUACCAGUUUCAAAGAAGUUUCAUUAAAGCAGCAAAGCUGGAAAACCAAGAGACUCGAGUCUCUGAGAUCCAUAGCCUUGUUCAUCGGCUCCCGGAGAAGAAUCGGCAGAUGUUGCAGCUGCUCAUGAACCACCUGGCCAAUGUUGCUAACAACCACAAGCAGAAUCUGAUGACUGUGGCAAACCUGGGAGUGGUGUUUGGACCCACCUUGCUGCGACCUCAGGAAGAAACAGUGGCAGCCAUCAUGGACAUCAAGUUCCAGAACAUUGUCAUCGAGAUCUUAAUAGAGAACCAUGAGAAGAUAUUCAACACGGUGCCUGAUGUGCCCCUCACCAACGCCCAGCUACACCUGUCCCGGAAGAAAAGCAGCGACUCCAAGCCCCCAUCCUGCAGUGAGAGGCCCCUGACGCUCUUCCAUGCUGUGCCAUCCACAGAAAAACAGGAGCAGAGGAACAGCAUCAUCAACUCCAGUGUGGAAUCAGUCUCCUCAAGCGCAAACAGCAUCCUUAACUCCAGCAGCAGCCUGCAGCCCAAUACGAAUUCCAGCGACUCAAACCUGGAUGUGGGCAAAUCUGCUCGGCCCAAUUCCCUCCCCCCGAAUCCAAGCCCAACUUCACCCCUCUCGCCAUCAUGGCCGAUGUUCUCGGCGCCAUCCAGCCCUAUGCCCACCUCAUCCACGUCCAGCGACUCAUCCCCCAUCAGCACACCGCUCCGGAAGGCAAAGGCUUUGUAUGCCUGCAAAGCUGAGCACGACUCGGAGCUCUCCUUCACAGCAGGCGCCAUCUUCGAUAAUGUUCAUCCAUCUCAGGAGCCUGGCUGGUUGGAGGGAACUCUGAAUGGAAAGACUGGCCUCAUCCCAGAGAACUAUGUAGAGUUCCUCUAACCUCGAGCCCCAGUGGAGCUGCUGAGCUUUACGUGGUCUCCAUGACAACUGCUGCUUCUGGUGUUGUGGGCCACUUUUCAUUGCCACUGAGAAAGCAGGGAGCCUGACUGUUGCUUCCUGCCAACAAGAAUGCAUCUGGGAACGUGUGCCACCAUUCUCCAUGAUCAUCUCAGCUUACAGCACAAUGAUGCUGCAAGAACUGCACAUCAAUCAGCAGGGGCGGCCAUUGGAUUUUGAUAACCCAGAGGAAGGCUUGCAAAGCUGUCUUCUCAUGAGUGCCCUAAAUAGAGAGCCCUAAUUUCAUUUCAACAGGCAUCCAAAACUCCCAGCCUUCUGGGAAGAGGAAGCAGGAUAAGAAUAGUGCUAAAGAAAGUACAGCAAUGCUGAGUUAGGAGAGGCAGGGCAAAGAAACUGGCACAAGAUGCAGGCUGCCUGUACAACUGUUGCUUAUAGCAGACGUUCUUUCUCUCUCCUUCCUUCUCCCAGAGACACAGUGCUGAAGGCAGCUGGGCCUGUCUGCAAGCCCACAGGAUAAAGGGGUUGCUGCACUGUUUAUAUAUGGUCCAAUCUCUCACCAUCUCUUGAGCAGCUGUUGGCCUAUAAUCAGCAGAUUUCAGUCCAGUCCUCUCAUGCAAAGAAACACAUGGCCCUCACGUUCUCUGUUGUUGAAGGCUUCCAUCACUGCCAUCACCUAGUAACCAUAGCAACCCAACCUACUCUAAAACUAAGCCAAAAAUAAUACUCCUCUUUGUAUGACAACCCCCUCUCCCAGCUCUGGUGAGGUUUUUUUGGUUUGUUUGUUUGUUUGUUUGUUUUUUGUUUUGGAAUGGUCUUCCAACAAUCUGAAGCAGAGGAUUAGACCAUUAGAGUGGUCUGUUUGGGGCAGAUAGCUCCUUAGAACCUUUUGUGACUGAGGUCCUGUGGAUUUUAGAGAUGAUUCUUGGGCCAAACCUGUAGCCUGAUUUUAAAAGGACAUCUUUAUCACUGCCACCCAGAAAAAAAGGAGUCAUUAACGAGGAUAGGCCAUUAAGAAUCUGUAGAACCUCAAACCGUUGAGGCCUGGAGGCUAGGCUGGGUACCUUCAAAGAGAGGGAAUUCUGAUGAAAAGGGGCUGGGUCUUAACUGUCCUGCAUGGGAGAUCACCUGGAUUAGCAUCACAUGACCUCAAAAGAACACAAUCAUGGCAUCUUCGCACUCGAAUGCCCUUGCUAGAGGGACUCUGGACAAACUGUCACACUCUCCAGGAGCCCUUCUGAUGGCAACACUGCAGCAGAGAGUGUCUUUGGCUCCUGGAAUUCCCUUAGGGUUCUUUAAUGAAGAAAAGAAAACUUGAAUUGUGUUGAAUUACUGUAUCUUCUGCUUUUUUUUUUUUAAAGAUAAACUUGUAAAUAGAAUGAUUUGAAAUAUUAUAUGGUAAAGUUUUAUAUUUGAUAUUCUUUAAGCUAGUUGCUCCAUACAUUUAGUACUUUGGUUGCUGAAAAGAUGUGUUUAAAAGGUUGUGUUAAAAAGAGGGGCCGGGUUAAAGAGUCAAGGUCAUGUGCCCUCUCUGGCCCAGUGAAAGAAUGUUUCCUCAUGGUUCCUGUUGGUGAGCCUGAAAAGUUGGUUGUAUUCAGUUGUCUUUAUCUACAUGUGAUUUGGGGCUUUGGAGUUCAAAAGAGUAUCUUCAGGCAAUGAAAUUUCAAAGAACUCCCACCCAACAGUAAAGUGAUACUCAGGAUUUAAAUAGGUGGGGAGAGGGUGGGUGACAUGUUUGUUUUUGUUUGUGUGUUUGUUCUUCUCAGGUGUAUUUCUUGGUACCCCAGAAUGUCCAGACAAAAGGAGAUGAGACAACAACUCCUUUUUACACAUCUCCUAAGGUGAUUAUAUGUAUAUAAUCUCCCAAGCUAGUUUGUAUAUGUGUCCAUCAGCUCUAAGAACAAAACGAAAACCAGCUGCUGUGGUUCCUGGUCUCUCUUCCUAUAGACAUGUUCCCAUACUUCCCUUUCACCUCCACAUUUCCAUUAGCCCCAAAGUAAAAAAGAAGCCCCAAGAGGAAUGCAGAUGACACUGUUACCCUUUUUUUUGUUUUGUUUUGUUUUUGUUUUUUGAGUGGCUAUAAUGUAAAUAGUUCAUUGUCAGGAUUCGGUAUUGAGUUUACCAGUUCAGGAUUGUAGUGUUGCCAACCAAGGACCCAGGAGCAAGGGAGACUUGAAAUUUCAGUCAGGCAAGCACAGGAUUCCAAACUGUCAUUGCUGGGUGUGAAAAAGGGAGAAAAAGACAAGAGGAUUGCUGAAGUCCUACACCAGCCAGGUGUGAGUCAGGAGAAUGGUUGAAAACUAAAGGAAGAAAGGGAGUACACUCAGGUUUUAGUCCUGUUCUUUGUGAGCUUGAGAAAAGGUUGGGCAAUGGGGCCUGAAGGGCAUGCACACUCAAGUAGCAUUACUCCUUCCAAAUUGAAAGAGCCCAGCACGAUACUUUUAAUAUAUCUGAUGGUUUAAAUCGUCACCUGCCCCAUAGUAAAUGAGGUAUGCUUGUAGUCAGGGCCCAGGAUGACUGCUUGGAUGCAUAUCCCUUCUUUCCUGAGCUGGCCCUGCUUUGAAGCUGUUCUCUUAGGCUGGCCUCCUUUCUGUUUCCCUAAGGCCAUGUGUGGCCUAUGACAGAUGGUUGCUCUGUUUCCCAUUGUUUAGCUAGGCUUUCCUCCUCCUCCUCCUCCCCCUUCUCAGGUAAAAGAACUGGAGAGAUUAAUGUGAGCCAAGUGGGAAGGAACUUGAAGAUUAUAAAAGUGAAAUGUGCCCUUUCUGCUCUCUGAACACCCCUCAGCUCCCCACGAAUAAGGAAAACUGGCAUAGAUCAUGAGAAAUGAGUUUAUAUCAGAAUGGAAGUUCAUUGACCAGAGUCCCAAAGAUUUCCCAGGAGCUUUGAGUUUCUCUUGUAAGGCCCUGGGUUGGGUUGGUUUUGGUUUGAAUUUUGGAGCAUUGAGAUAGUUGGCCUCACUCUCUGAGAUGCAGAGUUCCAUAAUUGAACAGUGCCAUACCAUACCAUGCCAUGCAAUGAGAAGAUAGCUGCUCUCAGAUCCCUGCCCCCAAGCAAGGAAGAUGGCCUUGCUCAACACUGAUGAAAUUCUCUAAUUUUUUCUUUUUUUUUUUUUUAAUCAAAAUAAAUGUGUGUGACUGACUUCCAUUCAGUGGAAGCCUCCGUCGAAGUCUUUAGGAUUAGUGCCAGUUUGUAGUAUUUUUAAAACCAUUAUGUGAAGUCUUCUGGAUGCUCUUUUUUUAUAUAUAUAAUAAAACAGAGAAGAAAUGAGAAGUGAGUACUUACAACCUAGCACUGGUGGGCCAGAGCCAUGCACGCGGCUUGGGAGUUACAGGCACUCCAGACAUGAGUGCCACACCUGGAUCUUAGAGGGAAAUCCUUCUCAACUGCAUUUUCCUCCUGAAGAUGGUAGCAACCACACCAAAAGCUGCUUCUCAGACAUAGAACUUCCAGAAGCAUCUCUUAUUGAGGCAGGGUGAAGUAGACUAAAGCUGGUAAGAUCAUCUGUUCUUGGCUGGCUGUAUCUGCUUCCUGAGACAAGGCUUUGUUUACCUAGCUUCAUAGCCAUGGAGUUCGGGGUUGCACCAGUGACCACCCUGGCACCCCACAUUUGCUCUAGCACCCACUGUUCUUAGUAGUCGAGGGAACCAAGCAUGCUUAGCUACCUGACUUUCAGAGGAAUCUCCUAGGGGUCUGGGAAGGGAGUUGUCUGUCACCUCUGGCAAACUUGACAGUGAUCACUUCUGUUGACAGCUCUGUCCCAGCGGCCCUUUAGUCAGUCAGGUGCCCCAUAGUGGUGUUUGAAAAAUGUCUUUUGUGCUCAAAUAUUUCUGCAGCCAUGCCAAUCUAGUGGUUGUCUGUGAACAUAGCAUCAAAAUGACAACAGCAAAGAGUUGUGAACCUUGCACAUUCCUCCAACACGCCUGAGACAAGACUCCACCAAGCAACGAUUGGCUUUCUUCCUUUUGCCACCCAAAGCACUUGUCUAACUUAAAGAGCCUCCCAUGUAGACAGAGAUGCCAGGUGUCACUCCAAGGCAGCCCCGUACUCAUGGAAGAAAAGCAUAGAUAUAAAAACACCAGGAUCAGGAAGGGAAAGGUGAGACACACUGAGGAGCUGUGCAUCUUUAAGGAGACCUGAGACACUGCUCUUACUUGGGAGGAAGAACUAUCACAGAAAAAAAAAAAUCACAACUAAAAAUGUUUCACAUGUCUGUAGGACAUUAUAAAAUGCACGACGGAAUGUUCUAGAGAGCAAGAAUUGAGUAUAGUCCUAACCCAUGGAGGGAGAGCCAAGAACUAUCCUGUCAAGAUUCACAUUCAUGUAGUCAGUGGGGAGCAGAGUAUUGGCAACUUGGUGUCUGAGGGACCUGGAGCAGCUUCAGCCAGGCCAAUGUACUCCCUGCCAUCAUACCAGGCACCAUUCCCACGGGUUGCCGAGUCACUCCAGCACACAGCGUUCUUGGGGUUCGAGAUGCCAGAAUCAGAUUGGUGUCUGUGAAAGCGGACAUCUGGUGAUUCCAAAAUGUGUGUGUGUGUGCGCGUGUGUUCGUGUGUAUGUGUUCAUGUGUAUGUGUUCGUGUGUAGCACAUACAUGUGUAAAGGUGCAGCCUCAGGUGUAGACACACAUGAGCUGGCACUUGUAAAGCUCUUUCAGCCUUGAAGAUUUGGAGGGAGCGUGUCAGAGGAACUAGAGACUCUCAGCUUCCUAGCAAAGGAUCAAAGCUACAAAUGAGUCGUCAUCUGAAGCCUCUGCUCGUGUUUAUCACAUAGUUAUCCACAGCUGUGUUCCUUGGUGACUUAUUAAAAGUCAUGUUAAAAACUCAAACCCAUAAAUUCCCAGUAGCUAAUGCUAGGCUAGUGUUCAAAAGCACUCUAAAAGACAUUUAGGCCAUAUUUUGGGAAAGAAACCAUUUGCAUGUUUAAUUCAUCUUUUAGGCUACCGUUGAGUAUACUGUAAAGUGCUAUGUGAUAUCGUCAGUAAAGUACUUAUAAAUGGCACUUUAAUAUUUUCUUUUGAGAAAUCAUAAAAACACUGUUAUACAUUUCAGUAUUGAAUAUUGACUGGUACAUAGAAUCAAAUUCUGUAAUUAAAAAGUAACCUGCAGCUAGAAUAGAACAUUUUUCUUGUUAUUAGAGGGGGAAAAAAACAACAGUUUUGGCCAUGUUCAGGCUUGUAAAAAAAAAAAAAAAAAAAAAAACAUGUUUCUGUACCAUUGUGCGUAUCUAUAAAGAAAAUACAAUUUCUGUCAGGCACCUCUGAAACCUGGCUUUUUUAUGUUUGGUUCGUGUCUGUGGCAAUCCCUAUAAAGUGAGUGGAAUUAUGAUUUUGAAUUAAAUGACUUUGCCAUUUGA